CAACUGCCGAACAAAACUUGGGAUGGCGGACGACAACGUCGACGCAACACAACCCGCCAAGCGACAGAAGGUCGCGGCGACGCCGCUGGGCUUUCAUCUGACGUCGCUUCGAGGGGGAACAUUGCAGCAGAAUCGGCAUGCGCGGUCCUUGUCGAGUUUGUUGGAUGGCGAGUUCACGCAUGCGAUCUUGACCAACUAUAAAGUCGAUGUGCCGUGGCUCUUCGGCCAGUGCCCUCGUCUCGCCCAAGUUCCCGUCAUUCUCGUGCAUGGUGGCCACCAAGAAAGCAUGCAAGCAGCAUGUCGGCAAUACAAGCAAGUGACGGUCGUGGCACCCCCGCUCCCGAUCCCAUAUGGCACCCACCACACCAAGAUGUUGAUUGCGUUUCAUUCUACCUUUGUGCGCGUGGCCAUCUUUACCGCCAAUUUUGUUCGAAACGAUUGGGAGUGCAAAACCCAGGGCUUGUGGACCCAGGACUUUUCGUUCAAGACGUCUCCUACACCUAGCUGUGCAUUCGAGUCGGAUUUGCUCGACUAUAUGACGGCGCUCAAGGCACCUGCCGUGACGUCACUCUGUCGCAGUUCCUUUCCACGCUACGACUUUACAGCGGCAAAUGUGACACUGGUAGCGUCGGUGCCCGGAGUCCACCAAGGCAUUGACGCGAUGCACAAAUAUGGCCAUUUGCGAAUGAAAAAGUUGUUGCAGCAACACGUGGCACCUCACAACCAUCCAUUGGUGUGCCAGUAUUCCAGCCUCGGUUCAUUGGAUGAGAAAUGGAUCGGCGAGUUUUACAAGAGCUUUGUGCCUGGUUCGGCAGCAACUUCCUCUGCAACGUCCAUGAGCCAGCGAGUUGGCAAAAAAAAGCCCACGCCUACUAGCUACUUUCCGUCGCCAGCGCAAUUGCAUUGCAUUUGGCCAUCGGUGGCUGCCGUGCAAAACUCCAACGAAGGGUGGGAGGCUGGGCGGUCGCUACCGUGCGCGUUGAAAAAUCUCAAGCCAUUUUUGCACAAGUACCUUCGGUUAUGGGACCCUCCUGCUGAAUUAUAUCGCAAGCAUGCGAUGCCGCAUAUCAAAAGCUACGCCACGAUCGACCCCACAACUCGAAGCUUGGACUUUGUCUUGUUAACUAGUGCAAACUUUAGCAAAGCCGCGUGGGGGGCCGUGGAAAAGGGCGGCACCCAGCUCAAAAUCCGAUCCUACGAACUUGGAGUGCUCUUCCUUCCAAGCCAAACGACGAAAGCGUUGCGGCUGCUCCCAGAUGACCGUGAUAUGAUGGACGUGGUGCGCUUUCCCCUGCCAUUUCAGUGGCCGCCGACACCGUACGACCCGCGCACGGACGAGCCAUGGACAUGGGACCUGGCGCGCGCGGACGUGGACGUGUAUGGGCUCACAUAUAGCGUCGACUAGAAACAAACUGAUUCAAGUGUGUUGGUUGUGGGGUAGUCUAGUUGAGAUAAGAAUGUAUCAGUACGAACGCAAGAGAUUGGUGGUGGUCGGGUCGGCUUGCUCGACUGUACUACUGUACAGUACAUUUUUCUGAUAAUGGUAAAUACUAUUAACGUUCAUGGUACU